AUGGAGUCAGGGUGGGACGAGCUGAGAGUGCUGGGGGCGGUCACCGCCGUGUACCUGCUUCUGUGGGCCGCCUGUGGGGUGGGCUACACAGUCUAUGUUUACCUGCUACCACAGGCACGCCGGGGAGCCCCUUGGCUCCCGCACGGAGCCUGGGCAGUGGUGACAGGAGCCACCAGUGGCAUUGGCAAGGCCUAUGCACACGAGCUCGCGCGGAGAGGUCUGAACGUUAUUCUCAUCAGUCGAAACCUGAGCAAGUUGGAGCACCAGGCAAAGGAGACAGAGCGGCUUCAUGGCAGGAUCACACGAGUCAUCCAGGCCGACUUCACCGGGGGCUUGGAGAUCUACGAGGCCAUUGAGGCAGGAGUGAAGGACCUGGAGAUGGGAGCGCUGGGAAUACUCUCGGAUGUUAUAAACUGUAACACGAUGUCCGUGGUCCGGACGACUCGAGUUGUCCUGCCCCAAAUGGCUACCAGGCGCAAAGGCAUCAGCAUCAACAUCUCUUCAAUGGCCGACAGGAGGCCGUAUCCACGGUUAGCAACGUACUCAGCUUCUAAGGCCUUCGGGCGAGGCUUCUCGGUGGCGGUGGGCGCAGAGCACUCCCGGCAGGGGGCACUUCUUUACACAGUGGGCCCUUUUAUGGUCCACACAAAUAUGACCAGUCACUUGAAACUCAGUCCGUUUCUGAUGAAUUCCGAAGACUUUGCUCGGCAGGCUUUGGACACACUAGGCCUCACCUCCCAAACCCCCGGGUGCCUCUGCCACGCUGUGCAGGUGCCUCCACGGGGCCAUCACGGGCAGAGGGCUGGGCGGUUCAUUCCCCGGCCCAGGGGCCCUAGUCGCCAGAAUGGAGGACGCCUCCAGAGGAGGGGAGGGCGCCCCCCCUGGGCUAGAGAGACAGGAGGAGAUGGGACCCCAAGGGUGAGGCGUGUCCUGAUCCCCAGUGCCUCUCCUUCCCAGGGUUUCCUGCUGCUUGGCCCGCUCUCCUGGAUUUUUCUCUGGGUAGGGAAAAUUGGUCUGUGAGGAGUCAAGUUUUUCUCUCUGUUGGUGAGCUGGUAUAUCCCAAAAUUCUGUGAUAAAAGGCAUUGAAGGGGCGUGGUCACUGUGUGCUCCCCCCAAGCCCUCCACCCCGUCCACCCCCUCCGGAGUCCUGGGCCAGGGCUGCUGACUUUAGCAAAGGUGUCCCACACGUGGGAACAACUGGACAAGUAGGCCAACGGAACAGAACUGGACCCUGGAAUGCCUGGAUGUUUAGUGACAACUGAGCCAUCUCAAACCUCUGACAGAAAGAUGGAGUUUUCAUAUAAAAUUGUAGCAGUGAUAGUGGCGAAACUUCGUGACUAUAAUAAAAACCACUGAGUCGCACACAUUUAAGGGGUAAACUUUGUGGUAUGUGAAUUUUAUCUCAAUAAAAAUAAUGAAAAAAUUGUAGAUUGUAAGUGUCCCUGUGAACUCAUGUAAUACCUCCAUCUAAAGUGUACUCUGAUAUUAAUAUGGUCACACCAGCUUUUUUUCUUUUGGUUGGUAUUUGCAUUGUACAAAUGCUCUUCAUCCAAAUUAAAUAAUACUUUAAAUAAUUUAAUAACUUUAAUAACAAUAAAUUCUGUUAAUCUAA